AUGCCGUUCUCUCGGAAAAACAAUCUGACCAAACACCAGUGGAUGCAUACGGUUGAAAAACCGUACCGAUGGUGUGGCGUAUGUGAUAAGUCGUUCUCUAUAAAAAGUAGUCUGACCAGUCACCAGCGGACACAUACUGGUGAAAAACCGUAUCAUUGUGACGUGUGUGAUACGGCGUUCUUAGUAAAAAGUAGCCUGACCAGUUACCAGCGGACACAUACGGAUGAAAACCCGUAUCACUGUGACGUUUGUGAUAUGACGUUCUCUCAAAAAAAGAGUCUGACCAGACACCAGCAGACGCAUACGGGUGAAAAGCCGUUCCAGUAUAACAUGUGA